UGAGUUUCUGCUCCUCAUCAAUAACAGUCCAGCUGCUGCUGCUCUCAGGAGGUUUCAGACUUCAGCUGGUUCCUGUCUUCAGAUGAGACUUUGAGCUGCCCUGAGGUUAAAAUGAAGCGCUCCCUGGUGAUCUGCCUGCUCGUCUGCUCCUCUCUGGUUGGACUCGGGUCGGCCAUUCGCUGCUACAGCUGCACUGACUACACCGCCAGCUGCGGCAAGCAGAAGGACUGCCGAUACGAGGACGCCUGCCUCACGCUCACAGAGAGAGGUGGGAAGACCUACCGUCAGUGUCUGAAAUACUCAGACUGUGAGAAGAACUACCUGUCUCAGCAGUUCCCCAAGGUAAACCUCCCCUCAUUGGGUCAGAAGCAGAAUAAACCAGAACCUGUGUGAAGCACCCAGGAGGGCACCCUGUUUCCGGAUCCAAAUCCCCAAUAUGGCUGCUCUGGGUCCAAAUCAGACAGAUGGAGACGGGAGCCGGAGUUCUACCAGAACCGGCUACUAGCUUAACCUGUUUCCCUGGCUUUAUUAAGAAUGGAUGGAUGGAUGGGUUAUUUUCAGAUGGGUUCUGGUUUGGCCCAGACUGGUCCUGGUUUAGUUUUAGA